AGGAGGAGGAGGAGCGAAGAGUGAAGAGCGAGUAGGAGGUGAAGAGAGGAGCACACGCUCUCCGCGACACACCGGGGAGAGCAGUGUGGUGGUCUCAGGGACUUCGCGUGGCUCCGGUGGGUCGCUCUCCCUCCCUGCGUCCCGCUGUCAGGUGUAACGUGUCGGGGCACCGUCAGCCUCCUCCUCCGCCUCCAUAUUAUUUAUAACCGACAAGAGAACUGGAUGGGACGCACCGCACCACGCACACGCACGCACGGGCAAUCCCGGAAAUAACAUGCGUACUCUCAGCCUGUCACGUACACUCACGGAGGAUUUGCGUUGCUGCAGGCGCACGUAGAUCUAAGACACAGCACCCAGAUGUUUAGAAGCUGGACACAAAUAAACACCCAGCAGCUCCAGUGGGUUGAAUGAGACUAAAUUGGUUAAGUGGGGAACAAGUGUGUUUGGACUCGGACAUGAAACUUCUCCUCUCCGCUGUGUGGCUCAGCUGCUCAGCCAGAAAAUGAGGCGAGGACGUGAGCUACGUGCGCACCCAGCACAUGACGAGAUGAAAUGGAGAGCUUGGGACACACGGACCUUUUAAACCCAAGCUCCUCCCGCGGAUCAGUCGCAGCCUCAGCCCCGCAGCAGCAGAACCAGCACCAGCACCAGGGGAGGACGAGCGGCCGAGCACCAGUAGAAAUCCACCGCGCGUACCAGGAGGACAUGGGGCUGAAAGGCUUCUGCGCGCCGCCGGUCGGCAGCCCCACCGCCGCGGAGCUCCUCGCGGGUCUGGCCUCUCAGACCGACUCACCUGGGAUCACCGCGCCGACGAAGCAGUGCAAGACCGGCGUGCCGCUCUACAACGCCGGGGUGGUGUCUCCCUCCGCCACCGUGGAGGGCAGCCACGCAGGCGUCACGGCGCACACACCGAGCGGUUACCCGCCGCAGAUGAAGGGGUUGGCGGGUGCAACUGGGGACCUCGUUUACCAGUUCACCAGCAGGGCUUUUCUGGGGGAGAACGGGGACUGGACUGCUCAUGAGAAGUGCCCUUUAGGGACGAGGAGGGUCAACAGUGACCUGAAAGUCAGACAAGUGCUCCCACAGAAACGGAGGGGUGGAGAGAACCGGGACAUGGAGACUCUUAAUGGUGUGGUGGUGGGGUCACUGGGGUCAGGGGGCUCUGUUUGUCCUGUGUUUGCCCCCAGAGAUCUGGAUAUAAAGAGGAGACGGUUGGCAGAGGGAAGCGUGGCCCACGUAUCUCUAGAGGCCCCCAGGGUGGCACGAGCAGUCGCUCCACUCACAGCCACCAUCAACAGCAGCAACAGUUCCCAUUGCAACCAAAUGAUCAGUCAUGUGCACUGUGUCCCCCCCAAGUCUCCCUUCACCUCUCCUGCCCUUCACACUAACCAGCACAAUGGACUCAAGGUGGCCUCCUUGGGCUCGCCCUCUGCACCCAGCAAGAGCUCCCCGAUCGAGGCCAAUUGCAUCCCGACCACACCACCUCCUACAGGGGCCGGCUGGUCGGCUGAGCGCAUAGCCCAGCAGUACAUCGUCCCUUGCAUGAAAUACUAUGGCAUCUGCGUGAAGGACAACUUCCUGGGCCUUCAGCUGGGCGACAGGGUCUUGGAGGAGGUGGAGGUCCUAAACCACAGUGGGAAAUUUCAGGGCGGGCAGCUGGUGAGCCAGAGGAGCAUCCCCUCAGGGAACAUCCGGGGAGACCAGAUCGCCUGGGUGGAGGGACACGAGCCCGGCUGCGAGAGCAUCACGGCGCUGAUGGCUCACAUUGAUGAGGCCGUCAUGUACAGCGCUGCCAAUGGACAGCUGGGUGACUGUGUCAUCAAUGGACGCACCAAGGCAAUGGUUGCCUGUUACCCAGGUAACGGGGCGGGGUAUGUCCGCCAUGUUGACAAUCCUAAGGGCGAUGGUCGCUGCAUCACAUGUAUCUACUAUCUUAACAAGAACUGGGAUGUGAAGAAACAAGGAGGGUUGUUGCAGAUCUACCCUGAAGGUAAAAAUGUGGUCGCCAACAUCGAACCUCUGUUUGACCGACUGCUCAUCUUCUGGUCCGACCGCAGGAACCCGCAUGAAGUCAAACCAGCCUAUGCCACUCGCUAUGCCAUCACAGUCUGGUACUUUGAUGCCAAAGAGAGAGCAGAGGCUAAAGAGAAAUACAGAUUGGCAACGGGACAGAAAGGUGUUCAAGUGCCUGUCACUCAAAACAACAGGACAUAAAUCAUCUGUUUGGUGGAGAGCACUCUGAAAUAUUAUGUGCCUUCAAAAACUGCUAAUGGACGUUGUGAUCGUAAAAGGGAGACGCUGUUAAACUGUCAGUCAACUCGGCAGCUCCACGCCACUCUUAACAACGUCAGCUCGCAUGUCCACAUCACAGGCUGUCAUGUUUUCCUGCCAUGCGAUUGGCCUGCUGCUGAUCAAAAAUAUGGCAGAUACAGAGCACAACGCAUUGGAUUGAAUUGUGGUAAAGUUGGAUGACGCAUCUUCAUAACUGGCUCAGUCUCACCGAAUCACCCAUGAAGACAACAAACUAAAAGAAACACACUGCUUAAUUUCAUUUCAUUGGGGUUUUGCCCGUUCAGUUAUCAGUGAUGUGUUGAGAAACCAUAGUUUUACUCUGCUCUGGUGUCACUUUCAAUUCAAACACGAGAUGCAUAAAUGAUCCAUCAGAGGCCACAGUGGGGAAUAGGGGCUUAAAGGAGUAGAAAUCAAUGAAGUUGUAUGUGAAAGACUUAUUUACCCCUUGACUGUGUUUGGUCCUCUUGUCUCAUGAUGUGGGAAAGUGUGUGAGUGGGUGAGUGUGCGUGUGCGUGUAGAGACACAGAAAGGAACUUACCCACAAAGCAUCAAAUCAUUCUCAGCCAUGAUAUAGUUGAAAGUUGCUUGUUCAAUCAGUCCUGGCUAAAGCACGAAUCCUGAACAUUUCAGGGACAUACUCACAGUUUUGUAAUCAGCAUGAGUAUAACUUUACACUUAAAUUGUACUCUGUAUAGCACAGCAAUUAUGUUUCAUGCUUUGUUCCAGGACUUUAUAACAACAUCUGUUUAAAAAUAAAAACUUUUGCUACAGCCUCAAAAUGUCCCACUGAAACCCUGAGAAUAAAGCAUGAAAGUUUGAGUAGUGGCAACUACUUUACAACUGAACCUUGACUACACAAAGGCAACAUCCACACUACUAUGUUUUACUAUGAGCCACUAAAACAAAACAUUCUGAAAUGCUGCUGGCCCGGUUGUUGUUUGAAAACUUAGCCAAACUUUGUUUUAGAUUGAAGAAAAUGUAGUAAUAUGGAUGUAGCCAAAGCUUUUCUACAUCCUUGGUGUGUAGCGCUUCCUGUUGGCCUGAAACACACGUCUCACACAUUUGAGACGGGAGGUGAGCCGACCAGAGGCGGGGGGUCAAAACAGGGUUUGAGAGUGUGUGUGGGCACGGAGACUCGGCUCUCUCCAGCUCUUUAACAUGAUGGAAACUGUAUGUAUCACCAUACAAAACACAGAAAGAAUGGUUAACAACUUUCUACUAAACAGUACUUAUCAGAGUGACGACUUCAAUCAACCUUUUCACUUCUAAAGCACAGAGUUAAGCAUGUAUGUGAACUGCAGGGUUGAAACAGUUUCAUGUGUGGGAUUGAGUAAUUGUGUAUAAAAGUGUACUUGCACAUGUAUGUGACAAAUUCCACUGUCUUGAAAGGAUUGCAGGUAUUGUCUCAGUGUAUGUUUGAUUGGUUAAAGAGAAGAUUAUCUCUCUAAAAAAAAAGCACUUUAUUGUUUGCAAUGCCAUGUGUGAAUGAUAGAAAAAAAAUAUAACUAAAAUGUAGAUUAAUGCCUUUUAUGCCGUGGAUAAUAUGACCAUUCAAAUGCAAUAGAAACUAAAACAAUGAGAACAAAUGGAAAUUGUUUGCAUAUUUUUUUUGGAUUUGGAGUAUUUAAUUAAAAGCUGUAUGUUUUUU